GGCCACAUAAGGGGGAGGAGGAGGAGGAGGAGGAGGAGGGGGGGGGGGUGCUGGUGAAGAGGGUUUUAUUCUGGGACAUUUCACUGUCGUGGUGGACUUGUACCACUUGAAUUAUCAUCCAGAGAUUGCCAAUCGGUUAUCGUGCAGUCAGGAGAGGAUAACGCGGCUCCUAUGCAAGCAUGCCCUCGACUGUGAGAUCCAGGGCGCGCGAGAGGAACAGCGUCCUGGGCAGACCAGAGUUCAUGUCCCUCAACCAUCCGCCGACCCGCGGCGCGGCGGCGAGCGGCGCCUCGGAGACCCGCGGCAAAUCCAAACGACCGGGUCAAAUCAAGCAGCAAACCAGCCAGCAGAGCGAGGAACCUACCGACAGCGGCAGCAAAGACAGGAGGGAGUCCAACAAAAUGCCCGAGGAGGACUGCAUGCAGCUGAACCCUUCCUUCAAGGGGAUAGCAAUGAACUCCCUCCUCGCCAUCGACAUCUGUCUGUCCAAGCGCAUGGGGGUGUGCGCCUACCCUUGGUCCUCCUGGGGAGGCUGCCGCUCCAUGGCCUCUCUGGUGGCGCUCACGGGGCACGGCAUCACGUGGAUCAUUGGCACUAUCGUGUGUCUCACGCGGAGUAACACUUUGGCUGGACAAGAGGUCCUAGUCAACCUGCUGCUUGCCCUGAUUCUCGACAUCAUGACAGUGGCUGGACUCCAGAGACUGGUUAAGCGGAGGGGCCCCUGGGAGAUGACGCCAGGCUUCCUGGACUGCAUCGCCAUGGACGUGUACUCCUUCCCCGCCGCCCACGCCAGCCGGGGCGCCAUGGUCUCCAAGUUUCUGCUGUCCCAUCUCGUUCUGGCCGUGCCGCUUCGCAUCCUGCUGGUGCUGUGGGCGUUCCUGGUGGGCAUGUCCCAGGUGGUCCUGGGGAAGCAUCACCUGACGGAUAUGGUGUGUGGCUUCGCACUGGGCAUGCUCCACUUCAGCUUGAUGGAGUCGGUGUGGCUGUCAUCGAACACUUGCCAGGCUCUUAUUUCCAUAAGCACGCUCAGCUGGAGCCCCCUUUUCUAAGCUUUUGAUAUGUGGCUUUGCUAAGCUUUAUUUGAUACUCCAACCUUACAAUAUGACACAUUUUGGUAGGGUUUUGCGAUGUAUUUUUCAUAAGAGUCGGGCCGUGAACAAACACUAUUGUGUGGAUGGAGAAGCUGAAUUGCAUGCAGCACAUGAAAUAAGCAGACACCAGGACCCUUACGACUUCAUGCAGCUUUACAGGUUCUACUGUCACACACCUCUACAGCAGCUUGGUUUCACUUAGCGAUUAAAGCGAAAGAAAUAAGACAGCUCGGUGCUCAUUGAAAGUGUACAUGAAUUAUUUGCUUGUGAUAUUUCACAAGAGAAAAAAAAGGUUUCAUCAAUUUAUAUAUCAACAUCUAUUUCUUUAGAACUUGUAGUUUCAUUCAGUCGCUUUUUAUUAUUUGGCCUUAAAUAAACUUUUAUUUUUCCUUUGAUUUUGGGCAGGAAAAUUGUUGAAAAAACUAAAUAGAGUUUGAUAAUAAGUUGUGGUCUCACCAUAACACAUAGAGUUACUGGCUGUUGAUAGUCUGCUUCAUUAGUCAGCCAAAGUGACAAUACUGUUUUGUUCAUUUCAUCCAGUCUGUUUUUAAAGGGGUUUCUGUUCCUUUAAAUAUAUGAUAUGUCAUACAUCAUCUCUGUAACCUUAUUUCUUGGUGCAGUUAAAUUUAGCUGUCUAUGCACAACAAACUGCUACAGAGCUCCACAUUUGUUUUCAUAUAGGGUCAAUACACUUCCCUUCUGCAGAAAUGUGCCAUCUCUGCAGAUUUUUCUUUGCCUCCUCCAUUUCAGGCCUCUCCAGGCUGUAUGUUUGCCUUAUAAUUUGUCUUUGUACUUCACCUCACUAUAUGUGCCUCACAAACAUAUUUGACCCCUCAGUUGGAAGAUAUGGUUUACAGUAGAAGCUGCAUAGUUUCUUUUCUUUGUCUGUUCUUUCUCUUUUUUGUGGCAAACUGUUUCCGUGCAUUCGAAUGGUGCAGAUACAAUUUACUGUCCAUGAGUUGGCUUUAUUUUGUACCGGGAUCUGUAUGUAUAUUAUGUUUUUACUUUGUUGCAUCGUCUCAUAAAUAAAACCAGGCAGACAGUUACAUUUCUGGGUGUUUUUAUUCUUGGGUACGACACUAGGAAGGUCUUUUAUUAUUGUUGCUGGUUGAAAUUGAUAACCACCUGUACAUGUGCCAGUAAUAGGAGACUUUAAAAGUACCUUUUUUAGAAAUCG